AUGGAUGCGCAGGGAGGUACAAGGGAGGUGCAGGGAGGCGCAGGGAGGCGUAGCAAGUGCACCCAGGAGUUGCUGAGACGUCUCCGGAGCGACGGCCUUCGACCCAGUCCUGCACCUUGGUGCAGCGAUGGCUUUGUGCUCGAAGAGGACAGGCCCCCGACUCUGAGCGAUGCGGGGCUGAGCCGUUCCCGAGAUGCUCUCUCUGGCGGCGUUUAUCUGCAGGAGCUCGCCUCCAUGCUGCCAGUGGAGGUGCUGGCAGCCCACCUGCCUCCUGGCGACCUGCGCUGCGCGGACAUCUGCGCUGCCCCGGGCUCGAAGGCAACGCAACUUCUGCUUCACCUCAGAGGAAGGAGCUCCCGCUGUGUGCUGGUGGCCAACGAGUUGCAGUCACAGCGCCUCGACAUCUUGCGCUGCAACGUGGUUCGGUCAGGUGUCGCCGAGGAUUGCCUGCUGCUGCAGGAGCCGGGGCAGCUUCUUGGGGAUUUGGCGCCUGGCUGCUUUGACGCCGUGCUCCUGGAUGCCCCUUGCAGUGCCGAAGGAAACCUUCGACGGCAUCCCGAGGUUUUGGGCCGCAUCCAGUCCGAGGACUACCACCAGAGUGUACUGGCGAACGCGGAAGUUCAGCAUGCGCUCCUCCAGAGCGCGUGGAAGUUAUUGCGUCCUGGAGGCAUGCUGGUGUACUCAACCUGCACCCUGAACUCGCAGGAGAACGAGUCUCCUUGCCAGCGGCUGCUGCAGGAGUUCCCCUCGGCGGAGGUUGUGCAUCUCAGGCAGCUCGGCCUGGAUGCGACGGAGGACGGCUUCCUACGCCUCUGGCCGCACAGCUUUGACACGCACGGCUUCUUCGUGGCUUGCUUCCGGAAGAGUCCGGAGCCAGGCAUCUCAUGCAGCUCCCACAGUUGUCCGCCUUUGGUCGAGUGGCUCCAUCCGACAAGAGAUGAAGAGAUCCAGCGCAUUCGCCAAGAAGCUGAAUUGGGCGCCGGUGAGUGCUCUGCCAUAUGGGACCAGCCCGAGCGCAUGAUCGUCAGCAAGGACGGAGCGGCCUUCCUGCUUCCCUGCCACCAGCUGCUCACGGGCUUAGAAGCUCUGCUCCUUCGCUGCCCACGCCCGGGGCUCUGCCUGAACGGGCCCGGCCGCAACGCGGAGCUGCGGCUGGCCACGACCCCGCCGCAUCGCUUGGACACCGAGGAGUGGGCAGCGCUCAAUGCCUCGCAGGGAGGAGGCCUUGGAGCCCUCGGGGCAUUGAUGGACAUUCACGCUGCCAAAGGGGACGUGCGCGGAGCAGAAGCAGUUUUCCUAGACAUCAGGCAGCAGCAGCUGAAGCCCGACUUGAUUUCUUACAACACGUUGCUCAAGGCCUAUGCAACCGCCAGAGACUGCGAGGGGGCUCUUCGCAUCCUGGAAUCUCUGCGGCGAGCAGCAGUGCUACCAGAUAUCACCAGCAUGUCCACAGCCAUGCAGGCUUCAGUGGCACCUGGCAAAAGUGCGCUGGCCGAGAGCCUCUUCGCGAAGCUUCGCCGCUCGCAGCUUCAGCCAGAUGUGAGGACGUACACCAACUUCGUACGCGCCUACGCCGCGGAUUCACGACGCAAGGAUGCCGAGGCGCUCCUGCUGCAAAUGAAGGAGGAGGCGAUCCGACCGGACGUGACAUGCUACACGGCCCUGAUGGACCUCUAUGCAACGCUGAGGGACCGACAGGCUGCUGAAGGGCUGCUGACCAAGAUGCGGCCAAAUGUCGUUACCUACGGCGUGCUGCUGAAGCUAUAUGCGGCUGAGGGUGAUGUCCAGAGUGCAGAAGCGGCGCUUCGGGACAUGCGCCAAACCGCGCUGCAGCCGAACUUUCUUUGCUACACAGCCAUAUUGGGUGCCUACGCAAAGAAAGGUGAUGUUGUCCGGGCACGGGACAUGUUCAACGAACUCCGAUCCAAUGGUUGGCAACCCGAUGUGGUCACGCAAAGCACGCUGAUCCUGGCCCAUGUCCGUGCUGGCGAACUUGACGGCGCCGAGGAAGUGUUGCAAAGGAUGGCCGUCCAACACGUGCUCCCGAAUGUCGUGUGCUAUGCUACCCUUUUAGACGGCUAUGCGCGCGCAGGCGAUGUGCCCAAUGCCGAGCGCGUGCUGUCAGCGUUGCUUUCCCAGAGGCUGCAGCCCAAUGUCGUCGUGGCGUCGGCAAUGGCAAAGUGCCGAGCAAACGCUGGUGACAUGUCAGGAGCCACAGAGGAGCUGCGGUCCUUCCUUUCAGCUCGAUUGGCGCCGAGCCAGCGCAGCUUUGGCCCUGUUCUGGCGGCGUGCGCCAGGACCGGCGAGGCUGCGGCGGCCGAGCGCCUCUGGGCGUUGGCAGCGGCGCAACGCUUGCAGCUGGACCGGAGACCGGCGAGCCAUCUGCCUUCCACCUUUUCUUCCUUUUCCUUUUUUGUGACAUCGGCGCUUAUGUUCUUCCUGUUCUUCAUCUCCCUCGUUUGCUACUUUUUCUACUUACUUUCUUUUCACCCCCGAUGCUUCCUUGCAACCGUAGAGCCCGCGUGA